UAAUGAAUAUAUCUGAAAGUAUUCAUGAAGAAAAUCUUUAAACCAAGGGGGGAUCUGGAAUCUUGUUAACUCCAGAAAAAAAGGACCUUAGACCUCGUAAAAAUCUGAUUCCUGGGAUGUUAUAGGAAUAAAAAAGAACCUACAUUAAAGUCCCUAAAGAAUCUAAGGAGCAAUUAUUUGAACUUGUAUUCAAGGAAGGGUUUAAAAUAAAAGAAGUAUGAUACUGGAUUAAGUUUUAAAUAGGCUGCUAGAAAACUUUAAAUCAAAUAUGCUACAGCUAAAACUAUUGUAUUUCAUUUGAGAAAAAAGUGUCAGAAACAAAAGAAACUAGAAAAUAAAUUUAGCAGAUAUAUCCAAUUAUAGGAGAACAUCAUUGUUAAAUUGAAAAUCAUUUCAAUUAUCCAAAAAAAGGUAAUGUCAUGUGUUGAAUACAGUGUUCAACAUCCAUCAAAUGGCUAAUGCUAUUUAAAAUUACAGGACUGA